AUGACCGUCAACGUCACACGUCACCGCUCUUAUCUUCUCCGGCCCAGCGAGGAAUCCCCUCGUUUCCCACUGCUUUCUCUUUUGCAGACUCCCAAUUCUCCCACGGCAAGCGCUCGAGAAGAGUACUGCGAUCUCAAUCCCUCCACACAGCAGGCGAGGAAAAGAGAAAGAAACCCAACGGAACGAGAAAGAGGACAGGGAUCUCAAUUGCCUGUAUCCUCCCUUCCCGAGAAUCUUCUACGUCAUUCGAGAUUGUCUGAGGCUACGCUGGCACUCUUAUACGUCGACUCCCGGUCCGCUGUCUUGGUGUCACAUUAUUCUCAUUUACGAGUCUCACGAUUCCCAAUAUAA